ACGGCAGUCGAGAAGUUGCGUUCGUUGGAAGUUACUUUCAUUUCAAUUCAAGAAUGCAACAGAUGAUGGGUGACUUUGAGCUAUUAAAUGAUGUCCCUGGAUCUAAAGCUAUCCUUAAAGUUGUGCUGAAAAGCCAAAUACAGUUGCUUAUAGAUCAAUUAUGCAAGUAUACAGGUGAAGAAUCAUUUAUUCUGACAGCAAAUGCCAGCGACGGUGCUCAAUCACUUUUAGGAUCAAGUACUGGGAAAGGUUUUCUGGACAACCGUAGUGAAAUUAAGACUCAAUUCUUAAGCUUUUGCCUUAAAUCUCUUCACAAUGCAGAAGAGAACUUCUCACAGCACGAGUUUUCACGCUCUAAAGUUAGAACUCAUCCAUAUACAAGAAAGAAAUCUCCGUCAAGGCACAAUUCUUUUGCCUAUGAAAAAAGAAGGGACUUUUGUACUGGAGAGCAAGUAGCAAAUGCUGAAACAAUACAAAUGACCAAUUCUAGUGCAACAGAUAACAGCUCAGGAAUAAAUUAUCAAGCAAAUGUUUCGGAAACAGAAAUUUCUUCUGUACAAGAAAGACACCAAAGAAAAAGUCUAAAAUUCCCCCAUAAUAUUACCAGUUUUCAAUAUUCUGGUAUGAACUUUGACAACAAUUUCUCAGAUAAUUUAUAUUCAGAUAAUUCUCAAGCUCCUGAUGACACAGAUCGUAAUCUUGAUCACAGGAAUGAUUGUGUAAUAGUUAAAACAGAACAAGAUUUAGAUGAUGUAGAAGUGCUUGGAGUUGAGUUAGCUACACAACAGUAUGGAGAUGAACAGUUUGGAGGACAGUUUAGUUCUGACAGUAAUCAGACAGCUACUAGUCAUGAUGAUACAGCUUUGAAAAGUACCACAGAUACUGCAGGAUAUUUAGAGGCACCAAAUGCCGACAUGAAUAUUAUGGAUGGGCCGGAAUCUAAACAUUACUAUCCGUGUGGAUUCUGUGGCAGAGUAUUCCAGCAUAAUUCCUGGUUAACACGGCAUAUACGCGGACAUACUGGAGAGAAACCUUACGAGUGUCGUGUAUGCGGAAAAAGAUUUACACGAUCAGGGACAAUGAAAGUUCAUACACUUAUGCAUAACAUAAAAUGAUAUUCAGAGAUUAUUAUGUCUUUAAGUAAUAAUUUACAUAGAAAAUUGUGACAAUUUUAAAGCAAUGAAUUCAAUUUUUGGUUGGCUUUUUGAAAACAGUUGGUACUUUUAUACGCAAAUUGCCUUUAAAGGGACUCCAAUGAGGUUUUUUUGACAUGAGACAGGACCAAAACCUUUUUGUUUGAGAUUGUACCAUUCUAUGAUAAUAUCACUUGUGGGCAAAUUUUAGCUCAUUGGCCCCAUUUUCCAUAAUAAUCAUUCAAUGAUGCAAAAUGACCCAAAAUAUGAAAAGCAUUUCAAUGCCUUUAGUUGUAAUUGGGCUAAGAUUUUAACAAAUUGAUUUUCAGUUCAAAUUUGAGUAUAAAUCUUUUAUUUCCAUAUCAUCUUUUGCAAAGGUUUUGCAUUACAUCAUUAUACCCCCACAAACGAAGUUUAGGGGGGGUAUAUAGGAGUCAGCUUGUCGGUCGGUCGGUCGGUUGGUCGGUCCGUCGGUCGGUCCGUCGGUCGGUCCACAUCAUGGUUUCCGGACGAUAACUUUAGUUUGGAAUGAGGUAUUGUAAUCAAACUUGGUAUAUAGCAACCUUAUAUGGAAACUCCGGUUGGUAUUGCAUUUGGACCCCCUGGGGUCAAGGUCAAGGUCACCGUUACUAAAAAUAGAAAAAUGGUUUCCGGACAAUAACUAGAGUUAGGAAUGAGAUAUUGUUAUCAAACUUGGCGUAUAGCAAGCUUAUAUGAAGACCUGGGUUGGUAUUGCAUUUGGGCCCUCUGGGGUCAAGGUCAAGGUCACUGUUACUAAAAAUAGAAAAAAUGGUUUCCGGACAAUAACUCGACUUAGGA